CGGUUCUUUUGGCACUGGGUGGCGGUGCCCGGCGUGUGGGUCUGCCUCCGAAAGUCCCUAUUCCAAUUUCCUGGAGUCCUAGUAGCCGCGGCGCCGGGUGGCGAGAGGCGGGUCCGAGAGACCCCUGCGACCCUCUGUGGUUCGGGGGUGUGGUUGCAAAGGCACGAAAGCUCUUCGGAAGUCGGAGUCAGCAGGCGGAGCUCCUCGCCGUAGUUUUCACCGAAGGUUAGCUAGGACCGACAGCCGCCCUCCGUCCCCGCAGAAGAGUCAGGGAUCGGGCUCCGGAUUCCUGGAGCGGUUCUCCCGACACCGGAGCCAAACGGGAGCAGUCCGGAAGGGCGGGAAAAGAAAGUCAUGAGAGAUACUGUCUGAUGGAUGGAGCCUGCUGACCAAGUGCUUCAUGCUGACUUCACUGGGGGGUGACUGAACAUCUGGUGACCCGAAACUUCCUCUGCUCUUACGGGGACUAAGGGGACGCCUCUGAGGCUGGGCAGCAAAUCUCUGAGCUCAGGAGUUGAGUCAGGAAGCUUCUAGGAAGACAUUAUUUUCUCCUUCUAGCCUUAUGGAAGCUUGGUUUUCCCCCAGCCCUCGGAUCUAACUUUCUCUGUGGUGACUGCUAACUUGGAUCACGUUGUGAGAGCUCAGUGUCUUUUUCUGAUUAGGUGGACACCUGUCAUGGAGAGAACUGGCGUGACAUGCUGUUGGGGCCACUGAGAGGCCUGGGCAGCCACGGGGACCACGAGCUUCAGGCUUUAGUUGGUAGCUAGGAUGAACUGCUGUGACAACAUCGAGAAAAGCAGAAUAUUUAGCUCUCACAGCGUCCUUAACGGACAUUUUCUCACUUGACCUUUUUUUUUAAAAAAAAACUUUUUUUUUUAAUGUUUGUUUAUUUUUGAGAGAGAAGGCACAAGCAGGGGAGGGGCAGAGAGAGAGGGAGACCCAGAAUCCGAAACAGGCUCCAGGCUCCGUGCUCUCAGCACAGAGCCUGACGCAGGGCUCGAACUCACAAACUGUGAGAUCAUGACCUGAGCCGAAGUUGGACGCUUAACCAACUGAGCCACCCAGGCGCCCCUCACUUGACCUUCUGACCACCUAUGGUCAAGGUAAAAAAACAGGGGACUUGAAGCCAAACGGACAAGGAUUUGAAACUUCCUACCCCUUUACUGGGUCCUAAUGCUGAUGAGAAGACUGAGUCCUACACAUGCUAAGUGAUUUCCUCCAGAUGCCUCAUUUCAUAAGGAUCGGAGCCUAGGCCCGCACUCUGUCAGCCUACCACUAACUCUAAAGGGGCGCCUGGUCAGAAUGGCUGUCGGGUGGUUCUACUUGUCCUUCUAUGCACUGUCGCUGCUGGGCCUGAUGUGCGUCAUCCUCACCGUCUACUGGAUGCAGCUGUGGCAUGGUGGCUUUGCCUGGGAUGGCACCAGCCUCAUGUUCAACUAUCACCCCGUGUUCAUGGUCGCUGGCUCAGUGGUGGUCUACAGUGCUGCCUCGCUGGUGUACCGCCUGCCGCAGUCGUGGGCGGGGCCCAAGCUGCCAUGGAAGAUUGGCCACGCAGUCCUGCACCUGGUGGCCUUCAUCCUGACCGUGCUGGGGCUGGUCGUCGUCUUUCAGUUUCACGACCACGAAAACACCGUCAGCCUCUACUCCCUGCACAGCUGGCUGGGCAUCGUCACCGUCUUCCUUUUUGCCUGCCAGUGGUUCCUGGGCUUUGUCGUCUUCCUGCUGCCGUGGGUGUCCGUGUGGCUGCGCAGCCUCCUUAAACCCAUCCACGUCUUCUUUGGAGCUAUCAUCCUCUUUCUGUCCAUUGCAUCUGUCAUUUCCGGCAUUAAUGAGAAGCUCUUCUUCAGUUUGAACAACAACACCCAGCCAUACUCCAGUCUGCCCAGUGAAGCUGUCUUUGCCAACAGCACUGGGAUGCUGGUCGUGGUCUUUGGGCUACUGGUGCUCUAUAUCCUCCUGGUUUCGUCUUGGAAACGCCCAGAGCCAGGGAUCCUGAGCGAAGGACAGCCCCUGUUGCGUGACGGGGAGUGAAGCGGGAAGGGCACCCAUGAGCAGGUGGAGGUGUUUCCCCCCAGAAGCUCUUCUCUGCCGGGGCCUCCUCUCUGGUUUCGGCAACAGACCAGCUUUGCGCUCUGGGCCCGAACCUCUUCUGGCCUCCGCGUGGGGCCUGCUCUCCCCACCAAUCUCCUGCCCACCCGCUCUGCUUGGUGGCUUCUGUACCCCUUCCUGGCAUCGACUUCUCGGGUUCUCCACACACGCCGCCCCAGCUGCUCACGCUGUGUGCUCCCUGCUCCCUGUAUGAAGUCAAGCUGAUUUCCCCUCUCGGCCCCUAAGGAUCUGGUCGAGACUCUCUCCAGCUCAGAUAAGCCAGGGCGCAGGUGUAACCUGUACGUGGAAAGUGAGGGAGGUAACGGUGUCCGGCAGCUUUCCCCGGAAGGCGUGCGUUAUAUUUGGGCCGCCCUGACCGUCGGGCGGCCAGCAUCUGCCGCGCCCUCCAUCCAGCCCGCCCAGACGUGAGGCUGGAAUGGAGAAGGUGGAAGGUGAUGGAAGGUGAUGGAAGGAGGAGAAGGGCAGCAGAGGGGCUUCCGCAGAGAAGCUGAGGAGCUGACUGCUCUUUGCUGUUGUUUCGUGUCGCUGCAUUCCUCGUCCACCUGCACUGUGACCACGUGCCUCUACCUCUCGCUGCUGCCACAGCCCUGGCCUAGAUCCUGGCCUUUCCCUGUGACUUACGUGCCCGUCAAUGUCGGGCAGCCCGAGGAACCCUGAUGACCUGCUCUCCCAAGAACCACGUGUCCCCGGCUGCCCCACAAGGGAUGAGCCCCAGGGACGCCUCGGACUUCCGUUCCUGCCCCUGCCCGGAUCAGGGCCUCCCCACCUGGCCUCGGGCAGGGUCAGCCUCGCUCUCUUGGCAGAGCCCCUGCCCAGCUGAUUUUCACUCUCUAGCUCCCCAUGCAACAAGCCAAAGUUGCGGUGCAUUGUGCCCUGUGGGCGGCUUUCCAAGGUGCUCCCUGCCGAGUACUGGAGUGCCUCAUUUGCCCCCUCAGUGGCUACUUGCUUGGCCAAACCCAGUCUCAUGUUAUGCCUGAGGGCGAGCUGCAGGGGAGGGGGGGGGGGGAGUAGCGGGGGAUGGGACAGGGGAAUCUGCUCCUCUCUGAAGUGAUGGGGCCGUGGCUUUUCCCGCCUUCUCCAAAUGAGCCCUGCUGGGACCCAGCUCCAUACUGCCGUGCUCAGUGACCACCAGCACCAGUGCACUUACCCCUGGCAGGUGGUGAGGAGGCGGACCGUCCACCCCAACCCCAUGUGGCCCGAUGUCGGCAGGACUGUGACUGGACUUCCUGAGGGGAUGGAGCCUUUGAAGCCACUGGGAUGACUUCCAGCCACCUCAGUCACGUGCCCCGCACCCCCUCUUUCCGUAUGGGUGGAGCUGUAACUUGUUCACGCUUUAAUCGUGUUUUAAAGAAUCAAAGCCUUCUCUACUGUGA